UGUCAUUGGGAUUCCGGCCGGCCAGCGCGCGCCGCCCGAGGGACACACGCGUGGUGCGCAACAAUUAGAACAAAGAUAUAACCUGAGCCGUUGGCUCCGACCAUGAUGUCCCUGGAGACGAAGAGUGUGGUUCGCUGUCUUCAAUUCUCGCAGUUCCCCGCCUCAUCCAACCUGCUUGCUCUGGGUGUUCGCUCCGGAGUGGCCGUCAAGUCAUGCACACUACCGGCGGUGCAGAAACCGGGGGGCCAAGGAGGUAGCCUGGUGGACAAUCUACAACUGGAGGAUGUAGUUACAAUCAAGACGGACAGUUCAGCGAGCGACGUCAGACAAACCGCCCUGGCCUGGUCACCUCUGGCAGAUGGACGAGAUGGUGAAACUGCCAUCAGGUUGACGUGUGCCAGUUCCGAUUUCAAGAUACAAUACAUCAAUUCCGAUCACGAGGGAACCACGGCAACGCUGAUUGGUUGUCACAAAUCUUACAUAAAUUCGCUGGCCGCUCAUCCGACUAACGCAGCCCUAGUUGCCAGCGGCGGAGGUCAGAGUUCAAUCUCUCGGGAGUGUUUACUUGUUUCCACGGUUACCCGUGUUUCCUAGACGACCGAUGCUGUGUGCUAUGGGACCUGGAGGCGGGGAAGGUGGUGAGUCGACUCCAAUUGAAGCACCCCUGUGUGGAGGUUGCUUGGCAUCCACAAGAACCAAUGAAGCUACUGGUAGCUGACAAAAGCAGAGGCAUUCAUUUCUACGACAUGAACACUCAAGUCCCCAUCAUGACUCUGGACAUUACAAGCCACACCCACCAGCAGUUGACUCCGCCCCUUUUAUCAGUCGAUUGGUUGCCUAGCAACUACCUUCUAAUAGGAGGCGUGGCUAAUGGUCACUGGGCGAUAUGGGAUGUAUCUCAAAGCAGGUAUCCCCUGGAAGUCAAAUCUGCCCAUAAUGGACCCGCCACUGCCUUCAGAUGGUGCUCGGCCGGCGAGCAGAUGUUUGCGACGAUUGGUAACCAUGGAAACGAGGUCAAAGUGCAUCACUUGGGACAUCAAAAGGUACCCAUCAGUACAAAUCUACCUGGCGUGGGUGGUAUCUCGUGGCACGCGACUCUACCACUGCUGGCAGCGUCUUCGCACCGUUCCGUGCGGUUCUGGGGACUGGAGUUAUAGGAUCCGGACACAUGCAUUUAUUAGUGUUUUGCAUCUUUGUUAUCCACAUGAUAAUAAUGA